CCUGUUUGGCUGUUUCCACUCUCAUUGUUGCCAUGGCCAAUGGAAGAGAAGAAAGAAACAUUGUCAUGUUCCCUUUCACGGCUGCUGGCCAUCUCAAUCCUUUCAUGGCACCUGGAAGACAGUUGGAACGAAAGGAGGGCUACACUGUUACCGUAGUAAACACCCCUCUUAACAUCCAAAGACUCAAAUCUUCUCUCCCUUCCAAAACCAGCAUAAGGCUUGCUGAAAUCCCUUUCCAUGGGACUAACUAUGGUCUCCCACCUGCUGUAGAAAACACAGAUACACUGUCUCCUGAAUUAUUCAUCCACCUCAUGGAAGCCUCAGAAAAUCUUGAAUCUCCCUUCAAAAGCCUCCUCAUCGACAUUUCCAAACACGGCAGUUGUGCCCCCAUGUGUAUCAUCUCAGAUAUGUUCUUGGGAUGGACAGUCAAAGUUGCCAUUUGCCAAUGAGCUUGGAAUUUAUCAUGCAGUAUUCAUUGCUGGGGCUGGUUACAGCAUGGCCAUAUAUUUUUCCCUCUCUCUUAACGAACACCAAUUCCAGACUGAUGAUCAGGAAUUUUUGCUGCCUGACUUUCCUGAAGCAUCCAAAAUUCAACAAUCACAACUUCGAAAUGAUCUCAGGCUUACUGAUAGUACCAAUGCUUUGUGGCUUUUCCGGACACGGCAGUUCUCACAUUGCUUUUGCUCUGAUGCAAUUCUCUUAAAUACCAUGGAGGGAUUAGGGGAUAUUGGUGUACAAUAUUUUAAAAGGAAAAUGGGAGGGAAGCCAGUCUGGAUGAUUGGACCAGCCUGCUCUUCCAUGAAGAAUGAUGCCUAUUACCAAGAAGAGAGAAGUGAGAAACUUUCUUCAAAAACCGAGAGUUGUUGUGAAUGGCUAGAUCUCCACCCACCAGCUUCAAUUCUGUAUGUAUCUUUUGGAUCAUAUGGGACCAUUUUACCUUCACAAAUGAUGGAAUUGGCAUUGGGUUUAGAGGCAAGCAACAAGGCAUUUAUUUGGGUCAUUAGGCCACCAUUUGGUUUCAAUCCAACUGAAGACUUCAGAGUCGAGUGGUUGCCUGAUGGCUUUAAAGAAAGAAUGAGAGAGAAAAAAUCAAGGUCUCUUGAUACAUAAAUGGGCUCCCCAACAAGAAAUUUUAUCUCACAAGUCCAUAGGUGCAUUCCUCAGCCAUUGUGGUUGGAACUCAAUUCUGGAAAGCUUGAGUCAAGGGGUACCAAUCAUAGGCUGGCCACUUGGUGGAGAGCAGUGCUUUAACUCCCAAAUGCUGGAAAAUGAAGUUGGUGUUUGCGUUGAGGUUGCAAGAGGGGUCGACUCUGAGACCAAACAUGACGAGAUUGCAAGGGUGAUCAAGAUAGUAUUGGGAAAAACAGAGAAAGGAGAGGAGAUGAGAAGAAAGGCCAAUCAAAUGAAGGAGAUGAUGGAGGAUGCAUUAAGAGGAGGAGGAGGUUUUGAAGGAUCAUCUAUUAAGGCCAUCAAUGAUUUCCUAGGCACAGCAACCUCAAUAAAGAAAAGCUCUACCUUGAAAUAAUCUCAUCAACAAACUGACAUGUAUGCAUAAGCUAAAAUAAAAGACUUGCUACUUUAGUUGCCUGGUGUGUUAGAUUGUAAUGUUUAAUCAUGAAAAAAUGUCUAGACUACUACCAAUUGUGUGUCAAAGGUCAAAGGAGAGUGAGAGUCGCAGAGUAAUACAAUAUGUAGAACUCGAGCAAUAACCUACAGGCAUGUA